ACCAACAUUCGACAUUACUGCGUCAUUUCAACCAAAUAAUGCAAGAGGUAAAAUUACUCAUAUCACUGACUUCCGAAUAAGCCUAGUCAAAAAUAGAACACUUGCCUUGAGCGAAAAAAGGAAGGAGCGAGAAUCUCAUCAAGUGCAGCCGAAUUUUGCUUCCGUCGUAUGGUUUCGGUGCAGCUGAGAAGUGAUCAUGGAUGUACAGAGCGCACUCAACACGAUGCACACGCGACUGAAGCUGGUGGCAUUUGUCCACUUCAUUCUCAUGGUCCUGGCGAUGGAAAGCGUCUGGCUACCAUCCUCUUAUCUGUUCUACAAUCUGCUCUACUUGGUAGCUCUGUUUUGGGCAAUACAUAGUAGGGAAUCCACGGAUGCUGUGCAGAUUAGUGCCGUUAUAAAUGGAUUCAGCUUCUUCUUCGACCUGUUGGGCAUUAUUUUGUAUUUCCCAUCUCAUGGAAUCAUGUCGGCUGUAUUUGCAAUCCUGAAUCUCUGUGUGCGCCCAUUCAGUUUGUUGUUGUUACAACGGGAGCUUUCGGACCGUGGUGGAAGUUUUGUCUUCGGUGCGGGGAGUUCCGGACGAGUUGGUGAUCUCCCUACCAGCUAUGAAGACAUUGAUGCACCGCAUCAGCAAACACCAUCACACGGACAGGUGAACGUGGGCAUUUUCAAAUGAAUCGCCUAGAAGGGCAAAAGGUGCAGUUAGUCAAUGCAGACACUUCGAAAUCAAACCAAAUCGUUCACUUUUAAAUCUCUUGGAUCAUAUAAUAUUAUAAUUUAAAUUUCUUUAAUGGUUGUUGCUUGAGUAAGAAAGAUGCCAUUUAUUCGUCAUUGAUAUUGUUUUCCGUAUACAAAUAACCUUUAUUCCUAUGUUAUAAGAUAUUCCAUGUUUCAAAGAAGUGUGACUGUUCUUCACUGGCUUAGAACCUGGAAGGUACCGUAGGAGAGGUUUUGAUAGGUAAAACUUAAAUACACGUGCACACGACCACUUUAAUCCGAUAGGAGUCAAUCUGUUCAUUUUAGGAAUAAAAAAUGGGUUUUGUAUUUGGCGAUUGUGCGAUACAAAUGGUCGCUUUGUCAGGGAACAGAUCUGCGAGUCCAUAUGAUAAUAGAAGAUCUAAUGAUUGACUUUUAAUUCUGUUAAGGUACACAUUUGGAUAAUAUUUUAAUGUUUCAUUUUUGAAUAAACCAAAACUAAGAAUUUA